CUCUUGAUUUUCUGUUUGAGGAAAACUGGAAAACCUAGUAUGUUUCUCCGUCUUCUCGGUUGAGAAUCCUCAGAAGACUGAUUUUCCCACUUUAGCUGCCAUCACAAAGACCGAUUUUUCAUCAGUUAAUUCGCAGCCACAAAAGAUCUACAGAGAGCAGCAGUAAUGUCAAGGGGCGGGAAUUACACAAACCCAUGCCUCACUAUGCAUCAGCCAUGGGCUUCCUUGCUCGUUCACGGCAUCAAACGCAUCGAAGGCAGGUCUUGGCCUUCCCCCAUUACAGGGCGAUUAUGGAUUCAUGCUGCCGGGAAGGUGCCCGAACCAGAGACAAUCAAAACAAUGGAGGAGUUUUAUAGGGAGAUAUAUGCAGUUCAUGGCAUAACCAAUCUCCAGUUUCCAGAGCAUUAUCCUGUCUCAAGACUUCUAGGCUGUGUUGAAGUAGUUGGAUGUGUAACUCGCGAAGAACUCGUGAGCUGGGAUGAGAUUCCGGAAGGGGUGAGACUCGAAGGACAGACUGAUUUUUGCUGGCUUUGUGAGAAGCCGCAGAAACUUGUUAUUCCAUUCGAAAUGCGGGGGCGUCAAGGUGUUUAUAACUUGGAAAGGAAGGUGUAUGAGGCUGCAGUUAGAGGUCUAACUCCGGUCACAUCUCCGCUUCCGGUAGAGUUCCCCCUUCGGGACCCAUCUUCCCUGAAACCGAAAUCCCACGGUGCUUCUUCUUCCUCCAACAAUCCCCCUAUUUCAUCCGACCCAAACAGGUCCCAAAGUCUAGUUGCAGCAAUUGCAGGUGCCCGGGCAGCUGCAACGCAGUUCUCAAAGAGCAACGGGUUGCAGAGGCCAUCAAAGAAUAACAAUGAUUUCCCAAGCAUCAGAGAGUGGAGACCGGUCUCAUCCGGGACAAGGAAUAAGUCCAAAGAGCUUAUGUAAGGUAUACUCUCUACGUCCGGAUUUAGUUGUACACGGGCAUUUUUUUUACUUUGUGUGUUUUAACUAUUAAAUGUAGCAGCAUUACUACAUUUUAUAUGGGUUUUAUUAACUUGUUUUGUAAAUUUUUUGAUGUUUUGCUAGUUAAUGCUUAGUGAGUGAUUUUCUUUUAGUUUUUUUACAGACUUAUACGACAAAGUAUUGUAAAGAACAUGUAUUGUACUAUUUAAAAAUGUUCAAAUUAAUAUACUUCGUGAUCCUUA